AUGGCUACCUACAAACAAAAACCAAUUAGAAUUCAAAGGAAACCCGCGUCUAGUGACUCUGAAGAAAAUUCUGCAUCAGAGAAAGAAUGGUUUGUUUUUGGUAACAGGACAGCGAAAAAAGAACCGCGUUCUGUUGAACUGUCUCGUAAUAUUACCACAACAACUGCCAGUGAAGAUGAUGAAUGGCACAUGUUAAGCGAUGCAACAAGCCUUGUUGACGAAAACUCUUCAGUUCUUGAGGGAAUAUCUGAUGUUUCAAGUGGUGGCAGUGGGUUUAAUUCCGAGGUAGAGGUGGUCGUGGACGAGAGUCAAGAUAAUGCUCUAGGGUUUUCGACUCCGAAACCCUAUUCGCGUCUUAUGCCUGCACAUGACGGGACGGGUGAUUUUUCUAAUCCAACAUCAUCUGAAGUAUCGAUUUCUCAUCCCGAUUCGAGCAUACCUAUAAAUUCACAACAUGAUAAAAUUGACUCAACACGUCAUGAAUCAGUAGAUACCGACGAGCAAUCAAGAAGUGAUAAUAAGAAUAGAAGGUCGGGAAUUUUCAAAAAUGAAUUAACUGCACUCACUUUGCGCGUGUUGGAAGAUCCAAAUCUGGCGUCUAAUAACAACUCUUCGACUAAUCGAGAGAUUUCCUUGAAUCAUUCAAAUCCACCUCAACCUUCUUUUUUUGCCCCGUUAUUCAAUCUUUCUGUUUCUGUCCCUUCAUUGUCAAGGCGGAAUCAAAAACGUCAUGACACUCGAUAUUCAGAACAAAAUAUAUCUCGACUGGCAAACAACAUUAUAAAUUCAAGGGAUGCCUUGUCAAUAAAUUUUUUGCCGACACUUAACAAAGAAACACUUGACGAAAUUUUCGCCAAUAAAGAUAAUAACAAUAUUACCAAUGAUAGUGAACGAUCAAAUUCAACUAAUAAUCUUACCAGCUCAAAUGAAACAGCACAACAAUCAGCCUCGCGACCAACACGAAAUUCAAGUGAAGUUUCAUCAAUUCUUUCCACAGUUUGGAUGUCAUUCCGUCGAUUCACUUCAAACAUAAUCAACGCGGAUGUAGAAUUAUACAAUGAUAUUUCGCUGGCUACAGCAAUGUCACUUGAAUCUUCAAAUAGUAAUAGUUUUGGUGGUGGCUUGGCAUCGAUAAUUGCGGAAAUGGGGGAUAAUAAUCGAUAUACUUAUGACGCUUGUUAUCUUCCAUUUGGAAACCAUCUGACGUUUACGGAUUUGCCAUUGGGCGAUAGAGAAAAUAUUUUCUCUUAUAAACAUCAAAUAUCAUCGACCGCCUCUUCAUCAUACAAUAUCAAAUCAGAAAGUAAUUUAAAUAAAACUCGAACAUCUCGAUCGAGUUUGAAUUUGAGAGGCUUUUUCAAUCGACGUAAUAGUUCUGGUAGUAACACCGAUUGUGGAUUAGAAAAUGCUAGGACAGAAGAAACUCUUAAAAAAUAUUCUCAGGAUAGCAAAACCACUGUAAAUGUUACUCCCAGCUCCCACAUGACUUCAGAAUCAAAGGAAAACGUUAAAAAGACUGCAAAACCUUCCGUCGAGGAAGUAUGUGAAAGACUAGUCGAAGUUGCACUUGCCGGCAAUGCUAAUGCGAAAAAGGAUAAAGACAAUGCGCACAAAAAAAACAGCAACAGCAAAAGGGACGGUGGUGAUAUUAUAAUUUCCGAUAAACCUACAUUUUCGGCUAAUCGUGCCCAAACCGCGAAUAUCUUUCAUCUAGUACCGCCUAGACGCGCCAAUAUUGAUUGCAAUAACAAUGUAGUAAAUACACGAUAUGGCGGUGAUACUACUAUUAAUAUUCGUUCUGAAUUUGAGCAUUUGAAUACACCAUCAUCAACUAUUACGGCAACAAGUUCCAAUCCUCUAUUUGGAUCCGCAAUUUCUUAUAACGACCAUCUUUAUGGUAACCAGAAUGCGAAAGUGGAGAUUGAAAAUUAUGGCAUCACAAAAUCUAAGAUCAACGAAAGACAAGUCUUUCACGACAAUAAUAUCGCCACGAGCUCUUCGAUCGUUAAUCCUUAUGAUCGUUAUUUCUCAUUUCGGUCAAUCGAAUUAAAUCAAAUGUCAUCGAAUUUGGUGCAUUCUACACCUAUUAAUCCUUCUACAUAUCACGUUCCAACUCAACCACAACCUAUCAUCAAAAAAUCGAUCUCAAUCUGCUCCUUAUGCGAUAACGGAAACGUGCUCUUGAUUCCCUGUGGACAUAGGAUGUGCGAAUCUUGUGUUCACAUAUUGCGUUCGAACACUGUCAAAAGUUCUUCAAAGACUCAUUCCGAAUGUCCGAUUUGUGAAACGACGAUCACGGAAUUUAAAAGAUUAUCUCAAAACGAACCGAGAACAAACAAGAUUGAUCGAACGCCAUCUAAAUCAGAAGAAUUGCAAGACGUAUACAAACAACAGCAACAACAAUCAAAUCAAGAUACUUCGCGACGGACAAUACAACAAGAAGAAAUGAAUUCUUCCAAUCGUCAGGAAUUCAAUAAUAAUUCUUAUCCAACGCCACCGAAUUCAGAUGAAAAAAAUCAAACUGUAUUAAACCGCAUUGAUGAAGAUACAACGCGCCCGAUUUCUUGGGCUUUUCCUGGCUAUACACCACCACUUAUUCCUCGCCCUAAUCAAACCUUAGCUAAUAAUAGGCCGCAACAAAUCGCAUUCCUGGAAUUAAGCAAAUCCGCAACACCUUUCAAUUGGCCAGUUGUGAAAAUUAACAAUAUACCUUGGGAUAUUUCACUAAAAGAUAUCAAGAACUUUUUCUCGGCAUUCCAAUUACCCGAUCCUUCGAAAUAUGCACAAUCCAUUCACAUAAUAAUGGAUCGAACUACUGGAAAAACUUUAUCUGAGGCCUUUGUCGAAUUUGUCGCAUCUGCUGAUGCUGAUCGAGCGGUGGAUCUGCGCAAUAUGAAACCUAUGAAAGGACGACUGAUUUCGUGCACGCGAUCUUCACAAGAAGAAUUAAUGAAAGCUGUAUUCCCGAAAUGGAAAGGAAGCUUUUACGGAUGUAAUGCGGUGGUCACUGACGAGACGAGGGAAAAGGGAGCGAACAAGCCUGUGACAACUAUUCCUUUCGUUACGAGAGAAGAGAUGAAUUCUUUAUUAGUGGUUUGUCGAAAUUAUAAGCUUCAUUUCUCCCGUAAAUGCGCAGAGCGUCCAUUCGAAAAUAUUAUAAGUAUUCUAGUGAAGUUCCCUUUUCAUCAAAGUGAUCUUUACACUACUCUACAACGUGACCUUUUAUUUGAAAUGUUAAAACUCGCGAUAGAAUCGCUCAAAAUCCAUUUAAACAAAGAGUACCAUCGAAUCGAAGAAACAUUGCUUGAGCGUAUGUUACGUGCCGGAAUCCUAACACCCGUCUUUACUGAACGUCAAAAAUUGAUGAUUGUUCAAAUUCCUGACACUACAUUCGAAAACGUGAAUACGUCACCAUCGACUUUUACGCGCUCGAGUAAUAAGGGUUUUCCAUCAUCUCCAAAAUACAAAUCAUCUCCACGUGAAUACAUCCCAAAAUAUAGUGGUGUGUUUGAUCCUUUCCGAGAUGAUCAUGAUAUUAAAACAAUGCUUUAUAAAGACAGAGAUGCACCACAACCGUCAAAAACUAAACCUGCACCUUCGUUCAAUUCUUAUUUGCUUCCAAAUCCUCCUCAAUCACUCUAUGGAGCCUUCCAACCAUUCUAUUCAGGAACUGAUUUUAUAAAUCGUUCUAAACAAAUAUGGGGUUGGCCGAAACAAGUCAAUGUGUUAUCUCCAUCAUCAACGCCGGAAAGAACUACCACUUCAUCCCUGCAACAAUUAAAUCGAGAUCAAGGCCUUUAUUUCGAUACUGGAAAUAACCCUUUCUUUGUUAAAGAUUUCGAUGGAUAUUCACAGGAAAGAUAA